AUGGAAGAAGGCUACAAAAAAGUAAUCGAACGAAAUCGCGACAAAUUUCGCCGCGCUGUUACAGUAGAGAGGUUAUUUUCGCCUUUAGUUGUCAGCAAUGUUGUGACUUCAGACGAGGCUCAAGCGAUUCAAAGCGAGCAUCCUACUCAAAGAGUGGACCGACUUUUGGAUGUCAUUCAGAGAAAAGACUAUGAGAAGUUUAAGAAGUUCUGUGUUGUUCUGGAAACGACAUACCCGUACAUGUUGAAUUGUAUGUUUUUGGCAGUGGACCCUCCAACUUCAAUUGGUGAGUAAGUUAAGGCGCCUGACCUAAAGUAAACAAGUCAAAUCAGUCUUUCACAUUAGUCUACGAGGAUAUUGAAGAAUUAUGGUUUCUUAGCUACACGUCCUCGCUAAAGCACUUCUUCUUGAAGCGAUUUCUGUUGCUCGCAAAUUCUCUUGACGAUACUGUAUUAAACGUGGAAGUAACUGUUAAGAUUUUUUUUUAAUGUGGAUAUUUAUGGUCAAGGUUAAGCUUAUCAAGGGGUAGUUAUUAUGCCUUUAGUUCAUGAUGAUCUCGCGUUUAGUUUCUUACAAAAUUUUUUUGACACUAAUGACAGCGAUUUUGCGAAAAAAAAAUUAUGUAUGCUUCGGCGGAAAUAUGGAGUAGCGUGAUGCGUGAAAGCGAAGCCCGAUGAUGUUUGCACGCAAAAUAUAUUUUUACGACGCAAGUCGAUUUCGGGGAAUCACUUAUUUAUACUAAGGCUGAAUUUCGUUACAUUUCUGCACGUCCGAAAAUGAAUUUAAGCUUCGUUUAGUUAUGUAACAGCUCUGCCGAAAGAGAGGAAAACACUUUGACGACUUGUAAGUUGUUUGUCACUAGACAAACAGACCUUAAAACCACAAGUUCAAAUCUUUUUUGUGCUCACGCCCGAAGCCACUUUAUGAGGAUAUAAGCCUACGUUUUAAGAAAAUUUUCCAAGAGUUGUUUAGGGCAAAGGAAGUAUUGGAAGCGAUCAUACCACUCUCAUGGUGGCUUAGACUUCAAAAAGUUGCGAUCGCAGGGAAGAUAAAUACAUAAUUGUUUAAUUUGUGUUAUCUUUCAGCUUCGUCGCACAUUCGAACUGAUCAAGGAAAAACUACAGAUGGUGAUAGUGAUCCACCGCGGCACAUGCAAUGUAAGUUUUUUGCUGUAGAAAGUUCACAUUCAUUUACAAUUAAUUGUGAAUUGUAUCGCAAUCGAAGCCGUGUAAUAAUGUUUCCUUGUAUUUAACCCCUGUGCCCUGCGGUAUAAAUUCGAUCUCGCGCACACAAAGAACAAAUAUGAUUGUGUUGGCCCUGUUCCCAGGGGCGACUUACCUAAAAACAAUCAAUCAGAAUGAAAAAUAAUCAGGGUUUUGUUUACAAUUGCAAAGUUCCAGAAAGUGAUAUUUGCUUUUCUGUGUUUUGGCAACUCAUCUGUGGGGACUUGAGGUGCAAAUGAGCAGAUUUUCUCUAAUAAUUCACAGCUUUAAAGUGAACAGCUAUAUUGGCUGAUAAAUCGGUGUGAUUGACGUUGGGCAGCAGAAUUAAUGCUAUAGUUAUGUGGUGUUGUUUUUCCUGUCAGCCAACUGGUGAAACCUGAUUUUCUUUGUAAACUUCAGUGCUAAACUUGUUUUGCUGUUAUUUUAACCAUCAAGUGGGUUCCUUGUUGGUUGUGUUUACAGUUCAUUUCUUUAUGUAACCAAAUCAUUGUUGAUUUACUUGAGGAAACGCUUGGUUGAAAUCAGCUCUUCAGAAAUAUCUUGUGAGAUUUGAGAGUGUAAUGUCUGCCCACAUAUCAUAAUUACAUAACAUAAAAUCCUAUUUUUAAAUUACCAUCUGUGGCAGGCCCUGGAUCAUCUCGACGCGCAAAUGUGGGUCGUAGCACUAGUAUGACAGGCCAUGACCUUUGCAAAGAUCGGCUUCAUGGGUUGAAAAAUGAGCUUAAAACUGUGAAACGGGACUUGGAAAAAGUCACCGCACAACUGCAUGAAUCUGAAGUAGAAAGGGAUGCCUACAGGAAGUUAAAUGACCUGAAAAUUGGAGAAAGAUUGCAUAUUGACAAUAACUCUAAUGUCCCAAUUGGAAAUUCCCAAGGCAGUGAGAGGGAGGAGGAAUUUAUAAAGCUCAAAAAACAGUACGUAGAGUGCUUAAAAGAACUAGAGAUGUUACGGUAUCAGCAUUCAGAAAUGACAGCUAAAUAUGACGCUGUUUGUCAACAGUGUGAAAGUGGCAGAAAAUACAAAAUGUUAUUUCAAAGUUUACAGAGAAAAUUUGAAGAGUCAGACCUUGAGCGAGAGAAGUUGAAACAGGAGUAUGAGGAAAUUGUAUUACUUAGGGAAAGAGAAAAAAUUGAACAUGGUGAAAUCAGGAACAAUCAGAAAUACGAGGAAUUUCAUUCUGGAAACACAUCUUUUGAUAAAUAUGAGUCACACAAAAAGGAGUUUGAAAAUCUUCAAGAUUCUCACCAAGACUUACGAUCAAAAUACAAUCACAUGUACAAAAGUUAUCAGAAUUUGGAGACAGACUACUCCACCCUUAAAAUUCGGUAUGAAGAUUUGCUUCAUGAGCAGGACUCGCUGAUUGUGGAACGUAAUGGACUGAAACAACAAGUUGAAGCAGCCAUCAACAAGUAUGACAAAGCUGUUAAGGAUCGUGAAGCUGCUUUGAAGACUUCAUAUCAGGUUCAACAAGGGAGAGAACGUGAACGCGAGCAGGUCAUGACAAUUCAAAUGAAAACUGCCAAAGAUAUUGCAAAGUUAACUGAAGAGAGAAAUGCUGCGUUGAAUGAAUAUCAACUGGUGAUGAGUGAACGUGACACAGUUCACCAGGAAAUUGAAAAACUUCAUGACGAGCUCACUAAUCUGCAGAAAACUAAUGAAAGCCUUCAAAAAGAUUACUCAAAACUACAAAAUUGUCUUCAUGACACGCAGGGGGAGCUGUCUCUCUUAAUGGAGGAACGUGAACAGGGGUCGAAAGAGGUUUUUACUCUGAAAGAAAGUCUAAGCCAGGCUUUUUCGGAAAAGGAUAGUGUUGACAAAGAGCUGGAGAAAGUCCAUGAAGAGUAUGAAAUGUUAAAACAGGAGAGGAAUGUGGCAAGAAGAGAACGUAGUGAAGCAAUAAUUCACAGGGACAAGAUUCUGAAAGAGUGUUUUGAAAUUCGACAGAAACAUCAGCUGGUUCUUAAAGGAGAAAAUAAAGAGAUGGAUGCACUGAAAAAACAGUUUGAAGUGCUUUCAAAUGAAUUGACAAAUGCUUUGCAUGACGUAGAAGUUGUGAAAGCAAGAAGAGACUGGGCCAUGUCUGAAAAAGACAAAGUCAUACAAGACAGAGAUUCUUUGAAAAUAAGAUUCACCAAGAUGCAACACGAAAGAGAUCGGGCUGUCAGUGACUUGGCCGAACUUCUUCAUGAAUCUGAUGCCAUGAAGAGAAAGCAUGGUGAAGUUGUUGCAGAACUUUUGGAACUUCGAAGCCACAUUGAGGUGCAAUUGAAUCGCGAAAACCUCUCACAAGAGCUUGUUUCUAGUAGGGAUUCUGCAAUUGACUCUGACUCAACAGUAAGCUAUUAUUCCUUAUUUUUUGACCAUGUACACCCUAAAUCAGAAUGCAAAUUCUCCAUACUGUUCUCUAUACAUUUCCAGUGUUGCUUACAAGGAGAAUUUGUCUAACAAUCAAGAGCCUCUUGAGUUUGUGAUUAUUUCCUUAAUUCUCAUGACCUUAAUAGUUGAUUCAGGGGUGAUACUGUGAGGAGAAAGUAGAUGCUUAUCACUUCAAAGGGUGAAGGGAUUCAGAAAAGGCUGUAAUUAAGUUUGAAAGUAAAAGGCGAACACCAAAUAGUAGGUAGCCAUGUUAUUUUAUAAAAUAAUUCAAAUAGUACACAUGCUCUGGUUGGCCAUAAAACCAUUUUACAUGAGCGUAUGUAAACACAGUUUUCAUAAGCUUGAUAAGCUGAAAACCAUGACGUGAAGCACUUAUUUCGUGUUCUCCCAACCUCCCGCAUGUUUAUAUCAGGCUAUGUAAACACGGAAACCAUUUUACAUUUCUACAGUAUAAAUUAACUCUCAGUGAAAAUUUUCAUGUUCACUAAGUCCAAAGGAAGCUUAAUUGCUUUAGUUAAAAUUCAAAUCUCCUUGCAAUAUCUCCCCUGAAUCUCAAAGUUUAAAUAUAAGAAAAUGAUCACCAAAUUAAGAAGCUCUUGAUUGUUAAACAAACUCUCCUUGUCAGCACCUUAGGAAAUCUAUAGAGCUUUGUGUGGAGAAUUUGCAUUCUGAUGUUAAAGGGUUAAAAGUUGAAGUAUUGGUAAAUAGUUGUUAUUGGUGACACUGAUACAGUUUUAUUAAUUUAUUUGCAGGAAUGGGAAACAGAAUCAGUUGUCUUAGAAAGGGUGAGUUAAUGAUAAUUAUGAUGUUACUUUUGUUAUUUUUUAACCAUUUCACUCCCAAGAUGUCAUUACUAAUUCUCUUUACUGUGUGCUACACAAUUUUUAUGAUGUGAGUGCGGAGAAUUUGGAAUUUGAUCAACAAAUAAUCCCAUAUGUGAUGAGUUUUGUUUAUUCUCAUCACUUUUCUGCUUGAUAUUGUUUAAAGUUGUUAGGAGAAAUUCUACCUUGGUCACUCAAGUUUGAAUAUUCUCACUACCUGUUUGCUGGACAAUGUAUGAAUGCUAUAAAGAGAAGUUACAUGUGAAUCACUGUGGUUUUGUGUGGCUACCUGCUCUUAUUGACACUCCUACUUUGGGGGAAGAUCUUCUAUUUCCUGGAAGGGCCAAAUUUGUGUUUGCACCAAAGUUAAUUCACAAUUUUUUUGCUCCAGAUGAAUCUCGACGAUGAUCUUGGCAUUGCCAUUGCUGGUGGAAGAGACACUCCUGCCAUUCCUAAUGACAGCUCCAUUGUUAUAACAAAUGUUGCCAAAGGAAGCAUAGCAGACGGAAAGUUAAGGUCAGUAAGAUAAUUAUCUGUGGCUAUCCGUGCUCCUAGAUAAGAGCAUUUAGGUCACCAUUGAGAGAAGGAAACAUUUUGGUGACUAAAUUUCCAGAAAAAGUCAUCAUUUGAUCAUCUCUGUUUGAAAGUGAUGUAACAUACUAUAGGAAUUUUUGCCACUUGGUGGUUAUGGGCUAAGGUCUAAAUGACAGGGCAAGAAACUUUCCUUUUAACUCUCCCAUCCCUUUGGAUGUGCAGCGUUAAUUUUACUUGUCUGAAAAACAAGCUUACUUGUCUGGAAAUCCUGAUAACAACUGUGCUAGAAGCAGGGUUCACUUGGAAAAGACUUGUACUCUGCACUUAAAUAUGCUGGCUGAUAACUAUUCAUGUUGGGGAAGUUUAGAUUUUGAUUUUAAUUGUUGGUUUUCAGGGUGAACGACUGUGUACUGAAGGUGAACAAUAUUGACCUGACAAACGUUGAGUACUGCACUGCUGUUCAAGCAAUCAGUAGAGGAGAGGUUGUCAAUAUGGUCAGUGUUGAUGAUGUGUUAAUGUGUUAGUGAUAAUGACUUCAUGAAGUCAUCCUCUUCACUGAUUUUCCCUACUCAUCCAAGAUCUUAAUUACAUACUGUAAAUUCGUCUUACUCUUUGCUUUAUACUUAUUAUUUUAGCAGUAAGAGUUGUGUUUUUUUUUUUUAAUACAUCCAUGCUAUAAAUGAACUCCCAAGAUCCAGUGGUUAGUUCUCCCCUCGAGCUGCUACAUAUCCCCUUGUAAAUUAUUCACGAGAAUUUGGUGUUAGAUCAAGAUGACAACUUCCAACUUCCUGAUUAGUUUGAGUGUUCUCAUAACCUGUUUGCUUUUAAAGGGAGAAGUUACAAGUCCAUCACUUUUGGAAGUAAAAGGGUUAAAUAAUUUCUGAAAUUAUGAAUUAAGAUGUUUUCCAUCUUGUCCCAAGUGUGGGCCAAAGAAAGAGGCCCCAUAGUGAUUUUGCAUUUUGGCAUUCAGAUGCUCUACCAUCAAGCUGCAAAGACUCUUUGGUGAACUAGGCCGUUAGUAGUUUCAUAUGUUGCCAGAGGCAAUCAAUAAUAGAAUAAGAAAGAAAGACAGUUUUCUCUGUUAUUUCAUUACAGAAUAAUCUCGUUGUAUUUCUUGUUGCAGACUGUCAAGAGGAAAAGGUGUUCAGGAUCCAGGGCAGUGCUUCAUCCAGUUAGUCUCAUGCUGACAAACAAUAAAGGUAUAAUUCUGCAACUGCUAAUAAUAAUGAUAAUGACAAUACUAGUAAUAACCUGAAGAACUAAUGUUCCCUUCAGUAACAGUACUAAUGCUCGUACCCCUGGACAGCUAAUAGCUGGGAAACUGGAAUAAGCUCUUGUUUGUUCACUAUGAAAUGAAUUCUCAUGUGAAGACUUUGUAUAAGAAAACCAGCAAGCAUGUUUGUGACUUUUUGUUUCUUGUUACUUUCCAGAGCUGGGGAUCAGAGUUGACAGCACAAAUCAUAUCAGUUCAAUUAUGCCCGGCAGUGUUGCUGCAGAGGAGGAAGCCAUUGCAGUUGGAGAUAAGAUUAUUACCGUAAGAAUUGUUUCAUCAAUAGAAGAGGGGUGUUAACAUGGUAAAGUUAGUGACGGAGGAGGGCAGCAUUCUUCUCAGCAGCAAGGAGGUCACCAUGGCAACCUAGCCACACUUCACCUCAGACACAUUAGUGUAUACACAUGUGCGUACCUAAAAGUGAAAGGGGGGUAGGGAAACAGCAGGGGGAGGGAGGUGGAGGAGGGAAACAAAACAGGGAAAGCAGCAAAGGGUUAAGACACUUAUGAAUGCUCAUUUCCUUCUUGUUUUAGAUAAAUGGCAAAUCUAUUGAAAACCUGACUCAGCCGGAGGUAGAGCAACUACUUUCAAUGAGUUUAGUGAGCCUUACUCUGCAGAAACUGUCGUCAUCUUCAUCUCGGCCACAAGUGCUUCAGUCUCUGCUGAACGAAGUCAACGAAAAGAUCAACAGAGAAAAUAACAUCUGCCGUGAGGCAGAACUUACCAGGGAAAGGAUAACAAAUUCUGGCAGCUUGAAUGAGUUUCAAAUGUCACAGCAGGGGUCAUCCUCUGCUUAUUAUUCCGGGAAAAGUUCUCCUUUGCCUGAUGACCAAAUAUCAUCAACUCCAGAAUCAAUUUCUGAACCAGCCAUUCAUUCAUUGUCAUCUACACCUCUUUGUGAGGUUAUUGGCGAAAAACAAACAGAUUCCAGUGAUUUGUCAACAGAGGAAGGAAGCGCGCCCCAUCUUGUGACAACCACUGCGGGCUCAACAUCGCGACCAAGAACAUUUCAGAAAAUCAGGUCUAGAACAUCACAGAUGUUCCCCAGUCCCCUGACAAAGUCACCUGGUCUAUCAAUGCCAUUCCAAAAAGAGAGACCAGUGCCUCCUAUGAGAAGUUGCUCUUAUAUGUCAGCCAUCACAUCACCCCCGCAAGGAGACUUGAAUAAUAGCUCACAAGAAGACAAUAUUAACGCCAUGUCUCCACCACCAGUUCAUUACCCAUCAAAGUCCCACGUUAUUCCUCGUAAAAAGAAAGAUUCUUACUUCCGCAACGGCUCUCGUCCCCAGUCUGCACCCUCUGUGAGAAACUACCAGGUGGCUGGUAGCCCUGUGUCAUCUAGUUUUGGACGUUAUUCCAGUCAUGAAGACCCUCUGGCGUUAACUCCACCCAAGUCAAGCAUUUCUGGGCCUCCUGUGACAGUGGCAGUGCUUCGCUCCACCAGUGUCCCGUAUUACACAGCCAAGAGUCACUCAGUACCAAGUUACGGCGGUGUCCCAGCGGUAAGUCAACAGUGCUUGCCAGUAAACUGCCGAAGUAAACAGAGAAACAAUAAACAACAGACGCAUGUACACUCAGCUCCGCGCGGCAGACACAGCCGACAGGGUUCUUCUCACAGUACCGAGGGUGAUGAACGCAAAACGCGGCAUCUGUCUCUGUAUGACUUUGACCCGCCUUCAAACGCUGAGAGCAAAGUUUACAGGAUUAGUUUACCAACUUCAAGGUCACAGAGGACGCCUGGAUACAGUAACGGCAGCAGCUCAGUGAGUUCAACACACUCGAUUUCCUCAGGACAUACCACCCCUGUGGUCAUCCCUUCAACUCCAAUUGUGCCAGGAACCGAGGAAAGCCCUGCAUUGGCUUUUGACUUCAGUGGGCAGUUGGCCUCCAAGGAAGAAGAUCCGUUAAACAUGUAAGCAUUCUAUUUUUGACAGACAAUUCUCUUUAUUAGCUGCAAUGCAUUUUUUUUAACUAGGGAAGAGGAUUCGAUGUGAUUUGAAGAAGUCACUCUUUAACUGAUAAGUACGUGUAACACAGCGAUCAAACGAAUGAAGGGGAUAAGUUUCUAUAGAAACUGUGGUGCUGCGUCGGUGGAAGUGUUUAGCAGGGAAGUUAGUAUUCUCACCUGAGUUGAUAACGUAAAUUGGCCACCGUAAAGAGUUUCAAAACUGACGUUUCGAGCGUUAGCCCUUCAUUAUUCGCUCUGACGAAGGGGUAACGCUCGAAACGUCAGCUUUGAAAAUCUUCAUGGUGGUCACAUCAACUCAACUGAUAAUACUAAAUUACAGCGGUCAAACGUCGGGUUUACGGAAGUGGAUCAAUUUUGGCCGACCGUGCGCCAAUUUCCCGCGCAAAAUUUCAACGGAAAAUAUAGGAAACAACCACUUUCUCGCUAAAUAUGCGAAAAGUAAAAUUAUUAUGUUCGCUGAAUUCAGAUGUAAAGGUGUAAAGGGUUGAUAAAUAUUUGAUUUUAAUGCUUUGUUUGUUUGUUUUUUUUGCAGAGAUUAUGAACCUCGACGAGUGUUUAUUGAAAAGAAGGACACGCUUGGGAUUUCCAUUGCGGCUGGCUGUCAAGGAGGAGUGUUUGUUUGUUCAGUAAAUGAAGGAAGUGUCGCUGCCAGAGCAGGACUCAAAUAUGGCGAUCAACUUCUGGAGGUUUGUAGUUUGGGAAAAUACUCUGCAGGAUAUUUUACUUGAAUAAUAGCGCGCAAGAUUUCAUUCACAGAUUUCAAAAUUCUAACCACCCAGCAGAGCGUAUUAAAGGGCAUCACAAGAAAGCACUGCUUUCUUUGAUUUGAAUUAUCACACACUAGGGUUCCAUUCAUAGUGUAAACCUUUUUGUAAAGCAUAAUAAACAGUACCAAAUCUAAGAAUUGCUCAUGAGCUUUCAUGUUAAUGAAGGGCGUAAGUUUCUAAAGAAACUGUGAUGCUGCGUCGGUAGGGGAGUAUAACAACAUGAUGUUAUAACGACAGCCUAGAAACUCUUAACGGUGCCUAGUUUACAUAAUCAUCUCAGUUGAUGAAAGCAAAUUAUUUCAUUCGAACAGUCACACAAAAGGGGUUUAUUCAUAAACGGAAAUAUUAGAACCGCCUUAACCCUUUCACUUUAAAGAUCUCAAUAGUAAUUCUCCUUACUGUCUGCCGUACAAUUCUUAUGGUGUUAAGUUGGAGAAUUUUGUAUUGUAUCAACCAAUAAUCCCCUAAUUCUUUAUUCUCAUCUCUUAUCUGCUUUAUAUUGUAUUGAUAUUGUAAGGAGAAAUUAUGUCUUGGUCAUUCAUGGGAGUUGAAGAGUUAACAGCUCAGUAGCUACAAGUUACGGGAAUUGUCAAACUCUAGGGAUUCAUCUUCAGUGAAGUGUUUAUAAUAAUCGAAUUUUCUGGUUAUUUUCGCAGUACAACGGCGUGAAUCUGAGAUGUGCAACUUAUGAGCAAGCCGCCAUGAUUCUCAAACAAUCCGGAAACAGUGUUACCAUUCUAGCGCAAUUCAACCCAGAGAAAUUCAAAGAGACUACGGAAUCAUUAUCCAGCCAGUCAGAAGCGAGCACUACCUGUAGCACCCCCGUCAAUAAAAACAAACAUUCACGUGAAGGAAGCAGUAACACUCCACCAAUCAGAAGGAACGGAGGAAUUCUGCCAAUCAUCGACAACGAACCUCCUGGGGACUUGCGUUAUGUAUUCUUCACCAAGAGUCCCAGCUCACUUGGAUUCAACAUUGCCGGUGGCAACGCAAUGGGAAUCUUUGUGUCGGAAAUUCAACCUGAUAACGAGGCUAUAAGUUCUUCAGGACUCAGUGUCGGAGAUCAUAUUUUGGAAGUAAGAAAAGCGACAGAAUUAUUUAUUGAAUAUCCAACGUGUAAGAAAAACAAAUUGAGGAAAAAACGGAAACGGUGCCAUUUUUAAAUUAAAACUUACCGGGGGAAAAAAUACAGAAUCUAGCCACGGCGAGGCAGAAUAGGGUCGGGUUCAUUUUUGUGAAAACGUAGAAUCGUGACUGUCACGCAACGGCUUUGAGUGUCAAGAUGAAUCAACGGCUGCGCAAAAGAACACAGCAUUCAAACGUUGGGCAUGAGGUAGUGGGAUCAAGUCUGGCCGGGCGCACGACAAUUUUCCGCGCAAAAUUUCAAAUUUAAACAUUUUAAACAACCGCUGUCUCGCAGAACAAGCGCAAUAAAAUUAAAACUUUCCCAGAAAUCUGUAAAAGGAAACAUUAUUUGUAUGCGAAGCGUGAUAUUUCGUUGAUAGUUUUUCGAUUGAUUAUUUCUGAGUGUUUUUAAUUGGAUGUUUCUGUUUCAGUUCAAUGGCGUAGAUUUAACUUCGGUAACAGCAGAACAAGCCAUGUUAGAGCUGUGUAAACCAUCUGAGACUGUUCAAAUACUGGCACAAUAUAACCCAGCGAGUGAGUAGUCAGUGUUAUGGUGUUGUAGGAAAGUAGUCCGGGAUUACAAUGGUUUCGCUCUAAGUUACUCUCUGAUUGGUUAAGAAUACUUACGCCAACCUUUCAACCAUUCAGAACUCGACUUGGUUACCCGCGUUUUCCCGCCCUUCAAGUGGUUGACGCGUACAGUUUCUGAAUUCCUAUUGGUUCCUUGUGAGAAUUCUCUUCACUUCGCUCUUGUGAUUGUUCCACCUACCCCCAUUAGCGACGCCCAGUGUUGUUCUCACUUUAUUUUGAUGUUGAAUUUUUUUUCAGAAUUCAAUUCCCUUCGAGAUCAGCCAGGAGAUUCUUUCUACGUCAGGUGAGCUUUGAAAUUAUUGCUUUUGGAGAUUUAAGAGCACUUGAAAUCCUACAGGCCUCUUUUCUGUAAUUGGUUAAAUUACAGCUGACCAGCAAUGACUGUAGCUUUACUUGAUUCUAAUCCGCAGGUCAAAUGAAAUUUAUUAAAUUUACAACUCGCGAGAGCCAAAGAGUAUGUCAGCCUGUAAAAAGAAUUAUUCUUUCGAUCGUGUCUUUUUAGGGCUCUAUUUGACCGUGCCACAAACACCAAAGGCGAUUUGAACUUCAAGAAAGGAGAUAUUCUUUACGUUACUGACACAAUGUACAAUGGUCACAUGGGAUGUUGGAGAGCUUGUCUUGUUAAUGAAGAAGACGCACAGAGAAGAGAGAUUGGAAUGGUUCCGAGCCGGAUGAAGUAAGGAAGCAUUAGCUGAAAGUUAAUGCACGUGCGCGCGUGUUAAGCGUUAAUCGUGCUCUGUAUUACGUUAUCAGCUUUUUUGCGCACUUCGCAUUUCACGCUAUGCACAUCAUUUAACAUUUCACGUUUAGCAUGUUAUUCCUUCCCACGUAAAGUUGUGCGUGUUCUGGUUCCGUUUCAUCCUUAGUCUAAACCUUUGUUUUGUAGUAAUGUAUAGUUACGAGUUUGAAAGACAGGAAAAAUAAUUUAAACUGCUUGAUUUAGUGUCCACCACGCUAUUCACUGGGCCAUCGCUUCUCCCACAAUGUGAUAUGCUUCGCAAAAUUUAUUUCUUUUAUACUUUUUUAUUCAGAGCCGAGCAGGAGAUUCUACUGCGUAGGAGCUUGGCGCUUGUUCACGGAGACGAGUAUAAACUAAGUGGAAGAAGAAGUUUCUUUAGGCGAAGUAAGAAAGGAACCCACGGCUCGUCUGUUAAUCAUUCCCGUGAGGGCAGUGACUCUGCUACAAGCAUUACAACCAGUUGUACAGGUAUGACCGUGAGACUCGAAAGCAAAAACUCAACCAUUUAUGUACAGGUAUUCCAAUGAAAAUUCUAUAAAUGUUCCAAUAACCAAGCCGAAUAAACAUCCAGUUAGGCAAUAGGGUAGGUUUUCUACGAACAGAAAUUACACCUUUAGUGAGUGAAAUUACAAUACACACGAAAUAACGGAGAACUUACCGACUGUUUCGAGUUUAGACUGACAAUAACUCGACAAUUUUGGUUAGCAAAAUAUAUCAGUACAAAUACGACGACAAGUUUUCUUUCGACAAGGCACAUGGCCGAUGUCCCGGAUGUUGACGUCAAAAUGUAAGCACGCAAUGGGAGCUACACUUACAACUUUUAGCGUUUUAUUGGAGGUGAUUAACUUUACUCUGUGAUUGGCCCAGAAUACUCGUACCGCCCUCUAAACCAAUCAAACUUAGCACUAAAAGCAAACGCGAGUUGUUCAGCCGCGUUUUCCCGCGCUUCAAGUAGUUCACGUGUUUUCAUAUCUAGCUCUUAUUGGCUCCUUAUGAUGAUGCUCUUCGUUCUGAUUGGCCCCUGGGAUUGAAUGACUUUCGCUUGUGGUUUUUGGUUUACGAUACGCAAGCCACAUGCUCUUUUUGAAAUGGAGGUAACUUUUUCAUUUCCAUUUUUCUUUCAGAUCUUGGUAUAGCUUCUUACCAGACAGUGGAAAAACUAGACAGUAAGUGCAAACCGGUGUAGAAUAACUUAGUCUAGCAGUACCAAACAUUUUGCUAUCCUGUAUGAGUAUUGAAGGGAAAUGUUAGAGUUGUGUUUCGAUGAAGCUUUUGGGCGCGACAGUUACUGGAAAGCCAAUAACAUGACCAGCAGCACAAGACAACCUGCUCAAGAUAAAAAGGGCAGAUGACACACAUCAGUCGAUGUGAAGUGUCAAACGUGAAUGCCCAAGCCACGAAACCAUAAAAGGGGAACUAGGCAGCAAAAUUAAAGUUCAGAUUUAAACUUACUAAACUAGCUGCUCUUAAUUCAGUUGAUCACAUGUGUUUUCACUUCCAGAGAGCGUGUACCACUGUUACUACCUAAAUACUUAAAAAAUGCCGCGUUUGAAUUUUAGGUCAUAUCCCAAGAGCUGUGAUUUUGUUCGGCCCGUUAGUGGAUGCGUUGUACGAGAAACUAUGCGAAGAAGUCCCCUACAAGUUCGUCCAGUGCAAACCGGGUCAGUUUAUUUUCCUUGUGGAUUCAUUUUCUAAUUUCUCUCUUACUUGCUCUAAUCAUUAGUAAGUUAAAAGCUGAUUAGAAUGCAAGGCAUAAUCGCAUAAAGGGUAUGGAAGUUGGUAUUGAAGUGGAAAACAUUCCCUUGAUCUCGUCUUAAAGGGCUCUGUGAUUGGUCCACUGAGAAAACUCGUGCUAACCACUCAACCAAUCAGAUGCAAAGUUAAAACUACCUGCGACACGGUUGCAUGCGUUCUCCCGCGCUUCACUCUGAGUUUCCAUCGGCUCAUAAUGAUAUUUUCCUUCCCUCCGAUUGGCUUUGUAGUAACUCUGGUUUGCGUUUCACGGCACUCAACCAAAAAGCGCCUGGGCCAUUCUGACCGGUGUUUGUAACUGUUUAUUUCAGAAAUUGUCAACUUGCCGGAGGAGAAGGUCGAAAAAGGAAUAGCAGACGGCACAUUUGUCGAUUACGCUUGGAAAGGUCACCAGCUGUCCUGUACCACAAUGGCUUCCAUCAAACAAGUGACUGACAAGGUAACAGAAAGUCAAACUGCUUAGUUUACGGGGGGAGGGGUAGGCAGGUUUUUCCAUGGGUGGCGUGGGUUUGAGGUGUUAGACCACCUUCCUGUUCAAAUUAAGCAGCACACGGGGAUGCCAUAGAUUAGCAUGACUAUUUUUCAAAUUAGAGGGAGGGAGGGGCGGUAAUUACAUGCCCCCUUAGCUGCACCCUCGUUUUCUGAGGUUGAAUCUUCAAUAUUUUGAUCAAGAUCGAAUUUCCCCUUUCGAAAUUUACGAUGAUAACGCAGAUGAAUGACGAGAAUGUAAGAAUUAAAUAACCAGUUUAUCGCUUUUGCUCCAAUGUAUCAUCUCGGGGUGGGCAAUUUUCGUGAGAGAUUUUCCACGCUUUGUCUCACCAUGUGCUCGGCUUGGCAACCCAAAUGCAUAAAAAAACGAGACGCGUAUUUUCCAAGCGACGGUUUUUAAGAUGUCACGCAACAAAGACGAUAUAGGCGACGAGGACAACGCAGAUCGUUGCGUGACAUCCCAUUAUUGUCCCUCCUAGCCGUUUUUGUGAUGUCACGCAACGUCUUACGACGACGAAGACAACGUGGGUCGUUGGGUGACGAUCCCCAAUACGUCUGUUAAGGGUAGUGAUUGGCCGAGGAAUGCCUCUAACUCGUAAUGAACCUGACCUUAUUUCUUUUUUUUUCUCAGCACUGUUUAUUGGAUGUCAGUCCGACAGCGGUAGAACGGCUACAUGCCUUACAAGUCUAUCCCAUCAUCUUGUUCGUUAAAUUCAAAUCACCUAAACACAUCAGGUAAGCUGUGCUUCCUGAGAAAGUUUUCACUAAAUUUUACAAUAUCAAUAGAAAUGCACUCUAGGCGAUUAUUUUAACCGAGGAUACUAUCGCUUUUUCGUCGCAUAAACGCAACCCAAAUUUCGUGACGUUUCGUUGGAAGAGACCUGGCAUUUAUUAGAGGAAAGUGGGCUGAUACAAUGUUUUUCCACCUUUUGUAUUUUUUCUUCUAUGCCCUCCCAAAAUUUCUACCGAAAAAACUUUAGGCCCCCCCCCACCCACCCCCCAUACCUGGUGCUAUCUGAAAAAGACGAAGCCCUCCUAAAAGGCCUUGCAACCCUCCCCUUUUUGAUAACCUCCGUUCAUUGACACCAGCCCGCUUCCCCCCCUCCCUCCCGUAGAUGAAAUCUUUCAAUCCUCAAGAGGCUGAAAAAUAAUAGUGAUCCCAUUGUGUACAUUGCAAGCUGUGAAGUUGAUCCAAACAUUUGUCUCUCUCUUUGUAAACAGAGAUCACAAAGACGGUCGGUACGUUAGAGAGAAGAUGAGUCUUCGACACGCUAAGGAACUAUUCGAAUCUUCUAGUAAAAUGGAACGAGAACUGAAGCACUUAUUUAAUGGUAAGUAAAGUGUGAGGCGCAUUUCCUUUCUUUCCUGAAAUAAUUUUUGAGAAGCGGCAAGGUGUGGCUGUUUUGAUAGCGCGUGUAACAGUCGAUUGGGUUCGUUGUGAGCGUGGAUAAGAAAACACUUAUUUCUUUUCAAUACUGCAUUUUCAUUUUUCUUCGCAUGGUGCAUGUAUCUUAUUUCCUUUGUGUUGAUUUUCUAGGUACCGUACAUGGAAGCAACCUUAGCAACGUUUGUUCCCAGAUUCAAGAGAUGGUGGACGAGCAACAGAAGAAGACAGUCUGGGUACCACUCUCCAGUGUCUAAUGUAUCGCAUGAUCCAAUGAGUUGUAACCAUGGCUACAACUACGUUAAAAAUAGCCGACCAAAGUCUUUUUUCAAUUUUUUAAAAUCUUCCUGUACCUUGGUUUUUGAGAUUUUUUUGGUUAUCCCAGCACUGUUCUGGAUAAUUCAUACGCAUGAAAUGGUACUGAGGAUUUAGAAGUUGAUUAGGUAUGGGGCUGAUAGGUUUUUUAACGUAACGUGAUAAAAACAUUGGAAAAUUACUUUUUUGCCCGUUAACCAAAUUUCCCCCAACGAACUUGUCUAGUCCAAAAAAAUUAUAAGAAAUAGAUUUGCUUGCUUUGCUCUUCGUUAUUAAAUGUUAUGGUACUUGAUCUCUGUGAUCUCACUUUUAAAGAACAAGUACAUAAAAAAAACCAUCUGCCUUACGGCUUACUCUCGGAGAAUGAUCUCAUUUACUGAAAACGCAAAAGAUUCCGCAAGUGGAAACUUUUCUCCUCCCCAGCAGGCUGGGUAGGAAUCGUUGUAAAUAAGCUUCAUGUAAAUUCACUCAACUGUACACAGAUUCGCUCCAGCUUUUCUUUCCUUCUUUAAUGUUAGUUGAGGUGAAAUUUGAUGAGAUGUGCAUGCUCUGCGAAUCAGCAUUUUAAAGGUUGGGUGACCAGUCAAAAGUUUUUUCAAAUGCUUGAGUUUUAAAUAGUAAUUUAUGAUGUAAGCUUUGCUUUGUAGAUUCCCAAUUAAAAAAAUAUUUUUCAGAU